GCCCAGAGAGCCAUCAGCAUCUGCAAGACCCACAAUGGCUAGGCUCUGUGCUUUCCUCAUGAUCCUGAUAGUGAUGAGCUACUGGUCAACCUGUUCUCUAGGAUGCAACCUGCCUCACACUUAUAACCUCAGGAACAAAAGGGCCUUGACAGUCCUGGCACAGAUGAGGAGGCUCCCCCCUCUUUCCUGCCUGAAGGACAGGAAGGACUUUGGAUUCCCCUUGGAGAAAGUGGAUAACCAGCAGAUCCAGAAGGCUCAAGCCAUCCCUGUGCUGCGAGAUCUUACUCAGCAGAUCUUGAACCUCUUCACAUCAAAGACUUCAUCUGCUGCUUGGAAUGCAACCCUCCUAGACUCAUUCUGCAAUGACCUCCAUCAGCAGCUCAGUGACCUGCAAGGUUGUCUGAUGCAGCAGGUUGGGAUGCAGGAACCUCCCCUNACCCAGGAAGACUCCCUGCUGGCUGUGAGGAAAUACUUCCACAGGAUCACUGUGUACCUGAGAGAGAAGAAACACAGCCUCUGUGCCUGGGAGGUGGUCAGAACAGAAGUCUGGAGAGCCCUGUCUUCCUCAGCCAAAUUUCUGGCAAGACUGAGUGAAGAGAAGGAGUGAGUCCUGAGACAAAGUGUGGAGAGACCUCCCCUGGACUAGAACACUGCAUCUCACUUUAUAAGCUCUCCUUUAAAAACUCUCAUUACCUUCAGUAUGAAUACAAUCAAGCUGCCUAUUAUUUCACAAUAUUGAGUAAUUGUUUUCAGUAUGUAAAACCACGCCUUUAUCUGCACUCAUUUGUUUUUAUUUAUUUAUUUAUUUAUUUAUUUAUUUAUUUAUUUAUUUAUUUAUGCUAUUAAUAUAAUUUAAGGUAUUUAUGUUAAAUAUUUCAAUCUCAUAUUUUUCAUAAAACAAUUUAUCAUUUUUAUUAAACUUAUUUUAUAUUCAAAUAAACUUGCUU